GUGGGCACAGGUGGGUGGCACUGCUGGGCACAGGUAGGGGGCACUUCUGGGCACAGGUGUGUGACACUGCACAGUGGCACAGGUGGGUGCAUUGCUGGGCACAGGUGGGUGCACUGCUGGGCACAGGUGGGCGGAGCUAGUGGGCGCACUGCUGGGCACAGGUGGGCGGAACUUGUGGGUGGCACUGCUGGGCACCGAUCAUCAGGGCACUGAUCAUCAGUGCUCUGAACUGCCGGUUCUCGGCAGUACUUUCCUCACGAUCUGACAGCGUGAGGAAAGUGCAGCCGAGAACCGGCAAUUGCUGCAUUUCCCUGUGAUCAGCGUGUCAUUGGACACCGCUGAUCACGUGGUAAAAGGCCGCUGUGA